AUGGCACGAGUAGACUGGCGAGAGGAUCCUCACAGAUUCGUACAUUAUUAUGAGAGUCAGGUGGGAGGAAAUUUACCAGGAUUUUAUGGAGCUCCCGUCAUGUACGGUCGGGGUAUAGGCUCUAUAUUUUCAAAAUUGUUUCGUUUUAUAUCCCCCGUGGUGAAGAAAGGUUUUGCCUUAGCUAAACCUCAUCUCAAAGCAGCCGCUAGCAACAUUGCUUCGGACGUGUUCAGCAAUGUGGGAAAAUUUGUCAGCGGUGAACAGAAACAAGAGGGGUCUGGGGGAAUUAUGGUCUUGGCGCGUAGACAAAGGAGACGACCUCCGGGAGAACGCCUCACAGCAACCUCUAAAAAACGCUCUGCCGGUAAAAAGAGGAAAUCAGUCGCGAGAAGCAGGCGGGUUAAGAGGAAGUCUCCCCAGAGCUCUGAUAUAUUUUAA